AUGACCGGGUUCGCGCCCCUCGAUGCUCCCGUCACCAAUGGGUCGACGGACAAGAAGCGCAUCGCCUACUUUUACGACUCAGAUCGCGCGAAACCCGCAAGCAAAUUUGAGAUGACACAGUUCCACACCGACGAGUACAUAGACUUCCUUGCGAAAGUCACGCCCGAUAAUAUGGACCAGUAUGCAAAAGAGCAAAGUCGUUAUAACGUGGGUGAUGACUGCCCAGUGUUUGAUGGACUCUUUGAGUUCUGUGGUAUUAGCGCAGGAGGUUCGAUGGAGGGUGCUGCGCGCCUGAACAGGAACAAAUGCGACAUUGCGGUCAACUGGGCUGGUGGUCUCCAUCACGCAAAGAAAAGUGAAGCAAGUGGCUUCUGCUAUGUUAAUGACAUCGUUCUCGGAAUUCUCGAGCUGUUACGCUUUAAACAGCGCGUUCUUUAUAUCGAUAUUGAUGUCCAUCACGGCGAUGGCGUUGAAGAAGCAUUUUAUACUACUGAUCGUGUUAUGACAGUGUCCUUCCAUAAAUACGGAGAGUAUUUCCCUGGAACAGGUGAACUUCGCGAUAUCGGAGUCGGAUCAGGAAAGUAUUAUUCCGUCAACUUCCCUCUCCGAGAUGGUAUCGAUGAUGUAUCCUAUAAAGGCAUCUUUGAGCCUGUCAUCAAGCAUGUCAUGGAAUGGUACCGUCCCGAGGCUGUCGUCCUUCAGUGUGGUGGCGAUAGUUUAUCUGGUGAUCGCCUGGGUUGUUUCAACUUGAGCAUGCGGGGCCAUGCAAACUGCGUUAAAUAUGUGAAGAGCUUUAACCUGCCAACACUAAUUCUGGGAGGUGGCGGUUACACGAUGAGGAACGUUGCUCGUACCUGGGCAUAUGAGACUGGUGUUCUGGUCGGUAACCAGCUUCCAGCAGAGCUCCCCUACAACGAUUAUUAUGAAUACUUUUCUCCUGAUUAUGAAUUGGAUGUCCGUCCAUCGAACAUGGAUAACGCCAACUCCAAGGAAUACCUGGAAAAGAUUCGAAUUCAGGUUGUUGAGAACCUCAGACGCACUACUUUCGCACCAUCAGUUCAGAUGACCGAUGUCCCAAGAGACGUUUUAGUUGACGGCAUGGAUGAUGAAGCUGAUGCCAUCCUAGACGAUCUCGACGAAGACGAAAAUAAAGAUAAGCGAUAUACAAAACGUCGCUUCGACAACUACGUUGAAAAGGAUGGUGAGCUAAGUGAAAGUGAAGACGAGGAGUCAGCAGCUGCCAAUGGAGUUCGCCGCCAGCCAAACCGCGAGAGAAGACGAGGCAACAUCAACUACCGUCACAUAGAUGGCGACUCAAUCAUAGACAGCGGCAUUGUGACCCCUCGGGACGAGUCAUCCAUGCCUGAGGAGGACGUUGACCAGGCAGACAAGAUGGAUGAAGCAGAAGACACCGAAGUGCCAGUCAAGCCUUCGCCUUCUGCUGUCGAACCCUCCAUCAACCCUGAUUCACAGAUGGAAGAUGAUGAAGUUCCUGCCAUUGAGACCAAUGGUAUUCCCGCUCCAGAGACUGACGAGAAGGAACCUGCCAUCUCUACGCCAGCUUCAAAUUUAGAAGUCCCACAGGAAAAUGUUGACGGAGACACUACCAUGGAGGAUGCCGAUGUUACUAUGGACGAAACCCUAGAGCUUGAAACUCCAGCCGAGGAACAGGAAGAGGCAGCCACAGCCACAGCUCCCCCACGGGCAUCAACACCGCCAAAAUCCCCAGCAACAGACGAAACGAAGUCCAAUGCGCCAGAAACUGCCAGCGUAGCUACAGAGCCGACACAGCCAGCCGAUGCUGCAGAGGGCAAAGAACCAAUACCCGACGCUGCCAAGGCUUCGGAAACUCCAAAGGAAGCGGAGUGA